AUGGCAGACAGUGCAGAGAUGGAUCUCAUGGGGGGAAAGCCCGCGUGUGGAAGCGGAGAAGAGCCCGGCGACUACGAUCUUGGGCUCCAUGUUGCGGCCUUGUGGGCCUCCAUCUUUGGUGCUGGCUUUCCUGUCGUUGCGAAGAAGGUCAAGUGGGUCAAGGUGCCGGCCAAGGCAUUCUUUCUCUGUAAACACUUUGGUACCGGUGUCCUGAUUGCCACAGCAUUCGUUCAUUUGCUCCCAACGGCAUUCGGCAGCCUAAACGAUCCAUGCCUCCCCGAUCUGUUUACGGACCAAUACCCGGCCAUGCCCGGCGUCAUCAUGAUGGGCUCCAUGUUCUGUCUGUUCGUCGUCGAGAUGUACCUCAACAACAAGAUGGGCGGUCACUCUCACUCUCACGGCGGGCCCAUGGGUUUCGAGACGCAGAGCCGUCCCAGGCCGGCCCCGGAACAAGUCAACCGCGGAAACCCGCCUCCGCGGCCCCCGAGGUACACUGCCGCUGACGAGUUCGAAAUUGAGGACGUGGAAUACGAGAAGAGGAUGGCACAGAAGAUGUACGACGAGAAGAUGCGGGACUAUCCACCGCGGAACCCGUACGCCGACAACGACGAGCUCUCUGCGCAGUCCGAGAUGCCGCCCUGGUUCGUCGUCUUCUACGAGCAAUACGUCCGCCAGAGGCUCGAGAUGAUCAACAUGAUCAAGGCCGCGCGGCCGCAGCAGCAAGACGACGUGUCCGAGAAGCGUCAGACCAUGAUCACGGAGAAGGAGGUGUCGUUGGCCGACUCCCCGUACAUCGACGUGGAAACGGGACGGCCGGUCGACCCGUCCGUGUACCGCAAGAUGUCGAUGAACAUCACCCUCCUCGAGGGCGGUAUUCUCUUCCACUCGGUCUUUGUUGGUAUGACGGUCAGUAUCACCAUCGACGGCUUUAUCGUCCUGCUCGUCGCCAUCCUCUUUCACCAAAUGUUUGAGGGUCUCGGUCUUGGGUCCCGUAUCGCCGAUGUCCCGUACCGCCGUGGGAGCCCCCGCCCGUGGUUGUUAGUAGUCGCGUUCGGGACAACCGCGCCUCUCGGGCAGGCAAUUGGGCUCAUCGUUAGGGAUACGUACGACCCCAACAGCGCGUUCGGGUUGAUUAUUGUGGGCGUCUUCAAUGCCAUCUCCUCCGGUCUCCUGCUUUACGCCUCUCUUGUCGAUCUCUUGGCCGAGGACUUUUUGUCUGAGGAAGCCAGCAGGAUGACCAAGAAGGACCGGAUGAUGGCGUUUUCCUUUGUGAUCCUCGGAGCUAUCGGCAUGUCCAUCGUUGGCGCCUUCGCUUAA